UUUACGGUCCUGCCGUAAAGCGGCUCGCUUCAAUCGAGGGUGGCGGCUGCCCUUGGGAGGUGAGGGGACAUGAGCGGGAAUGGCGGCGCCAAGGCUCUGGAGUUGCUCCGGUCCCUGCCCAGGGUCAGUCUGGCCAACCUAAGGCCCAGCCCCGGCUCCAAAAAGCGGGAGAGAAGACGUGGCCGUGGAAGAUACCGUGGUAGGAAGUGUGGUCGAGGUCACAAAGGAGAAAGACAAAGAGGAAAUCGCCCCCGAUUAGGCUUUGAGGGUGGUCAAACUCCAUUUUACUUGGCCAUACCAAAAUAUGGAUUUAAUGAGGGACAUAGCCUCAGACGUCAGUAUCAACCACUCAGUCUUCAGAGGCUGCAGUACCUGAUUGAUUUGGGUAGAGUUGACCCGACACAACCGAUCGACUUAACGCAGCUCACUAAUGCGAGAGGUGUAACAGUGCAACCUCUCAAAAGGGAUUAUGGUGUCCAGCUGGUGGAGGAGGGUGCUGACAUCUUUUCAGCAAAAGUAAAUAUUGAAGUGCAGAGGGCAUCUGAACUAGCAAUUGCAGCCAUAGAAAAAAAUGGAGGUGUUGUAACAACAUCAUUCUAUGAUCCAAGGAGUUUGGAAAUUCUGUGUAAGCCAGUAGUAUUUUUCCUGCGUGGCCAGCCUAUUCCAAAGCGAAUGCUUCCACCUGAAGAUCUAGUCCGUUACUACACAGAUGCUGGGAAUCGUGGGUACCUGGCAGAUCCAUCUAAGGUUGCAGAAGCCAGGCUUGAACUUGCCAAGAAAUAUGGUUAUGUCUUACCAGACAUAACUAAGGAUGAGCUCUUCAAAAUGUUAAGCACACGCAAGGAUCCUAGACAGAUAUUUUUUGGUCUUGCUCCAGGAUGGAUCGUAAACAUGGCAGACAAGAAAGUUCUGAAACCAACUGAUGAGCGGCUGUUAAAAUACUAUAGCUCAUGAAUUUGGGACUGGAGACAACUGCAGGUGUACAGGAAACAUCUGGAGAAUAACAAGAAGCGAAUUAAUUUUUUUGUUGGUGUUUGUCAACCAGCCCAGAUUUUUGCUUCACUCAACAAACUGCCUUGUCAAUUAAUCUGAGCAGCUGUAAUCACAGAACAAAAUAAAACAAGUCUUCUGUC